AUGCUUUGUUUAAGAUAUCCGUUGCCACUAAUUCCAAAUCGAUUGCAUUCCAGUAAUAUAUCCAGGACUACCAUAAACUGUGUUGUGGUUUGUGCUGCUAAAGGUCCACGACCAAGAUAUCCACGAGUGUGGAAAACAAAUAAGAGAAUUGGGACUAUCUCCAAAUCAGCAAAACUUGUUGAUUGUAUAAAGGGAUUGUCUAAUGUCAAGGAGGAAGUGUACGGGGCUCUUGAUUCCUUUGUUGCUUGGGAAUUGGAGUUCCCUCUAAUUUCAGUGAAGAAAGCAUUAAGGACUCUGGAGGAGCAACAGGAAUGGAAGAGGAUAAUUCAGGUCACAAAGUGGAUGUUAAGCAAAGGGCAAGGAAGGACAAUGGGAACGUAUUUCACAUUAAUGAAUGCAUUAGCUGAGGAUGGAAGACUUGAUGAAGUUGAAGAGCUUUGGACAAAAUUAUUUUCCCAGUUCUUGGAAAGCAUGCCUCGAAUGAUGUUCGAUAAAAUGAUUUCUAUAUAUUACAAAAGGGACAUGUAUGACCAGAUAUUGGAGGUCUCAAAGGUUGAUAAUUGGAUGAUUUUGGUGAAUAUAUUUGCUGAUAUGGAGGAGCUUGGUCUCCGGCCAAGUGUUUCAAUUGUUAACAUGGUGGGAAGUGUCUUCCAGAGGUUGGGUAUGAUGGACAAAUACGAAAAAUUAAAGAAAAAAUAUCCACCACCAAAAUGGGUUUACCGAUAUAUCAAAGGGAAGCGUAUUAGGAUUCGAGCUAAGCCUGGCAAUGAAUUGGAUAGUGUUAACAGUGUUGCGAGUGGGGAUGAGGAGGCUUCCCAUGAUGAUGAACGUGAUGGCUUUAACAAUGAUGCAAGUGGGAAUGAGGAGGCUUCCCGCAACGAUGAAUUUGAUGGCGUUAACAAUGUUGCAAGUGAGGAUGAGGAGGCUUCCCGUGAUGUGAAUGAAGUAGGCCGUAACAUUGUUGCAGGUGCGGAUCUGGAGAGUGGCCGUGGUGUGAAUGAAGUCAGUGAGGAAGCCAAUACGAGUUCAAAUGAAAUUGGUAUUGAAGCUAACAAUUCAUCUCACUUGGACAUUCAAAAUCAGGAUUCAUUACACCUGGAGCAUAAUAAGCCUUUGGGUGUUAGCAAUUCCAGUUAA